AUUUCUUCUGAAAUUUGAUGACUUGGGAUUAAAAAAAGCAUUUCCACUCAUUUCUACAUUUUGUUUUUGUCUGAGCUAACGGAAGAUUUAAUUAUGGUUUUAUUACAUUUUUUGUCAACAUUUGUUGGAAUUGGGAACUUGCUUUUUUACACAUCAGCAGACCUGAAUACCGAUAUUGUGAAAUUAUCAAAGGACUUAAAUGACAUGAAGACAACUGUGGAUUUACUGAAUUCUACAUUGAGAUCCAUGCAGUCAGAAAUCAUAAAAUUGCAAACGGGGGCAACAAACAGACAAUUAAUUGCGUUCACUGCCUGUCUUGGAUAUUCCUCGCCGAGAGUGUUCGGGCCACAUCAGACAAUCAUAUUCGACCGUGUAAUCCUUAACCAAGGAGGUUCAUAUGACGCAAGACAUGGGGUAUUUCGGGCACCUGUUAGCGGUGUGUAUCAAUUUAUCGUUACCUUCGUCACUGUGCAGCACCACACAGCCUGGAUUGAAAUCAUAAAAGAUGGUGUUCAGCUGGUAUACUCGUGGGCAGGUGCGACCGAUUACAAUGCAGCAACCGCGCAAGUUAACGUACAGGUUGAAGCAGGACAGGAUGUCUGGUGUCGAAAUGCGUACACAACAGAUGCUACUCACUUGCAUAAUGAGGGACAGUAUUCAUGUUUUUCUGGACAUAUUCUUUCAUAAUAAUUAUUUGCCAUGAAAUCCAAUCAUAUUUUUUUUAUUCAUUCAUUGUAUUUCUUAUCGUUUAUACAAAAUGUAUAAUGAAUACUUAAGAUUCAACGAUUUCCCAAAAUAACUUAAGUAAUCA